AUGCCUCAGCCGCUGCCGUCAAAGGAGGCGUCCCUCUUCCGGACCCUCGUGCGCAACUACGACGACAAGCAGUACAAGCGCGGAAUCAAGAAUGCCGACAUCAUCCUCAAGAAGCACCCCAAGCAUGGCGACACGCAGGCCAUGAAGGCCCUCAUCCUCAACUCGCAGGGCAAGACGGACGAGGCCUUUGCGCUCGGCAAGGUCGCCCUCAUGGCCGACAUGAAGUCUCACAUUUGCUGGCACGUCUACGGCCUGCUGUGGAGGGCCGUCCGCAAGUACGACGAGGCCAUCAAAGCGUACAAGCAGGCCCUCGCCAUCGACCCCGACUCGGCCCAGAUCCUGCGCGACCUCGCCCUGCUGCAGAUGCAGACGCGCGACUACCCGGGCUACGUCCAGAGCCGCAUCACCAUGCUGCAGGCCAAGUCCCAGCUGAUCCAGAACUGGACCGCGCUGGCCGUGGCCCACCACCUCAACGGCGACCUGCCCGCCGCCGAAAAGGUCAUCAACAUGGCGAGUACGAGCGCGCCCUCGAGCACCUCCAGACCGCCGCCAAGUCGAGCCUCGACAGGCUCGCCGUCAUGGAGAAGCGCGCCGAGUACCUCGCGAGGCUCGACAAGAGGGACGACGCCGCCGACGCCUACCGGGCCCUCAUCAACCGCAACCCCGACCACACCGAGUAUUACGCCAAGCUGGAGGGGGCCCUGGCUCUCGACUCGACCGAGGCGAGGAAGCAGAUCUACGACGACUUUGCCGCCAAGCACCCGCGCUCCGACGCGCCCCGCCGCCUGCCGCUCAACUUUCUGA